AUGUCUUAUCAAUUGUAUAGAAAUACAACGCUUGGAACAACACUACAAGAAAGUUUGGAUGAUUUAAUACAGUAUGGCCACAUUACGCCUCAACUCGGAAUGAAAGUUUUACUACAAUUUGAUAAAUCAAUAAAUAAUGCAUUAUCGACGAGAGUCAAAUCAAAAUUAACUUUCAGAGCGGGUAAAUUAAACACAUAUAGAUUUUGUGAUAACGUGUGGACAUUUUUUCUUACCGAUGUCGAAUUUAGAGAAGUACAAGAAAUAGCCAAAGUUGAUAAAGUGAAAGUCGUUGCUUGCGAUGGUAGAAACGUAGCAGAAGAAGCUUUAUGUUUAACUUAG